UCACCUUCCAUCCCAACCAUGGCAUUCCAUCUCAGAUCUGCAAGUGUGCCAUCCAGCCCUCGCUCUGGCGAAAUAGAUAUUGAAGAACAGUUGCAGAGCCUCAAGACCAUUUCUUCACCCUCUGCAACCAUGGAAACAAUGAGCAAUGGUUUCAGGAGGGUUACAGAUGUGUACAACAGCAUGGAUGAGAUUAUAUGCUUGCCCAGCAGUCACGCUAACCUUUGCCAGCAUCAGCAUAGGAGAGCAGUGGAGCAAGAACUGGAGCAGUCUCUCACCUUGCUUGACCUCUGCACUGCCAUGCAAGAGAGCUUCUCUGAGAUCAAGGUGAGCACCCAGGAUAUGCAAUUGGCCAUCAAGAGAGGUGACGAUGCAGCAGUUCAGUCCAAGGUUCAGUCUUACUCCCGCCAGACCAAGAAGAUGCAGAAACAGUUUAAGAAAAUCAGCAAUAAGGCUGCUUAUUCAGCUCAUCAGGAUAGCUGCAGGGUGGUCAAGCUGCUGGCUGAUGCCAGACAGACUGCUCUCUCAGUGCUUGAAUCAACUUUGCAUUUCCUGUCAAAGCAGAUUGCAGUGCCAAAUUCCAGCAAGUGGUCACUUGUCUCCAAGGCCUUCCAGAAGACAAAGGUUACAUGCCAGGAGGAGCAAUUACAGGCAUUGGAGUUGGAAAUUGCUGAUCUUGAGAACGAAGUUGAGACUUUGUUCAGGAGAUUGAUCCAGAGCAGAGUUUCUCUUUUGAAUGCUCUUGCUUGUAGAUAG